UCAUUCAUUCAUACAAAUGUCAGAAAGGGCUGGGGCGACUCAGACGAAUUAGCUAAACUAAAAAAUCUUCCGUUUUUAACGGGAAAGCGUAAUAAUUAAACAAAAUAAUGUAAUCAACAGUAUUUUUAAUUAAGGCGUGUUCGCGCCAAAUUAUAGAAACGGCGGUAAAACGUCGCUAAACUGAGAAUAACCUCGUUCGUUUAGAGGAAUUGUUUUCACCCAAAAACUUAUCAGGAACAUGUUGAAGUUCAAAAAGAUGGGUUCGGAUAAAGUGCCGUUGUUACUUGUGACUGCCAAUGUUGGAUCUAUAUUCGAAGAUCCUUCAGUGAUGCUACCAAUAUGGACAUCGGAGUUCCUCCAAGCAGUAUCCCGGAUGGACCCGAAGUUCAUUGCCCUCCAUCUUCAGGAAGUCGGCGGCAAGGCGUACGAGAAGUCCAUGCAAUACGUCCAGGACUUCGUGCAGAGGCUCUGCGACUGUCCCGAAUUGAGGCUCUUCGAUAAGAUCAGGAUAUUCCUGGAUGAGGACUUCAGUUCACCGGAGAAGUUUACUGUGAGUAUAUGUUUAAUUACUGUCAUCGCAAAUUCAAUCGAUUGAGUGACCUCUUGGUCUACUCGUUAGUGGCCCUG